CACAGCAGCCUCAUUUGCGUUCAUCCUCAUUCAACCUCUCCCACGCAGCAUCUUUCUUUGACAAACGCAAGAGUUGAAUCGCUUGCGCUCUAUUCAUAUCAUCACACACAUUGACCACCAAGAUGAUGGCCACGAAGGUGCUUGCGCUUGUGGCACUGUUUGCCGCUGCCACUUCAGCCACAAGCAUCCUUGACUGCGACCAGGAUUCGCGAGCAACUUUCUUCCAACAAUGCUGUGUGAACGACCAGCAGAUUUACAUCAGCAUCGACUUCUGCGCACGCAACGAGUUCUUCCAAAACGACGUUGAGGGCUGCAGCACGUUUGCCGACAACUGCCCCCUGCGCGCCAGCGUGCAGGACCAGAUUGAGAACCGUGACCCGCUUGCCGCCAUCGACCACUGCCUCCCCGACGAGAUCACGCUCGAGACGGACCGCGGCGAGGCCGAGGUGCGCGGGGUGUGGUCCAUCAGCACUUCCGGCUCCGACUACCAGGGCGGCACGUUCAUCCACGACAACUUCCGCCACGGCGCCCGCGCUUUUGCUCGCUUCAGCGCAAGCUUCCUUGCUGGCGGCGACUAUGAUGUGUACAUCUCGUACGGCGUGCACCCUGUGCACUCGAGCAACGUCGCCGUCUCCGUGCAGUCUGCCAACGACUACCAGAUUGUGUAUGUGGACCAGAAGACCUCUCCCCCAGGCGAUGACGGCAUGACCGGUUACGAGAAGCUCGGCACGUUCACGUUCACCGGCUUUGACGACGAUGAGUACGUGCAGGUGAACACGGCUGGCACAGACCGGUACGAGCUUGUGACUGCAGACACGGUGCGCUUUGUGCGUGUGCCUUGCCCAAGCACCACCACGACCACAACCACCACGACAACGACGACCACCACGACCACCACCACUACGACGACCACAACCACGACCACAACCACCACGACCACAACCACCACCACAACCACGACGACCACAACCACCACCACAACCACCACCACCACAACCACCACCACUACCACCACCACCACAACCACUACGACGACCACCAACACGCCGCAGACGUACGCGGAGUGCGCGUUUGCGUGCCGCUUCGACGCUGCGCAGUGCCGCCUGGCGUGCGACGGUGUGCUGCUUCCGUUUUACUGCCGUCUCGGGUGCAAGCAGACCGAGCACGACUGCAUGCAGGACUGCGAAGCCAUUGCCGAGGCAACACGCGACCAGACCACCAUCCCCACCUCCACCACGCCGCGUCCGACCACAACCACAACCACACGGCCCAUGACCACGACUCGCACCACCACCCGCGCCCCGACGACCACCACCACCCGCACCACGACGACGACCACCACCACCGUCAGGACGACGACGACAACCCCGACAACGCGCACAACCACGCCCGGCGUGCCCACCACCACCUUUGCCGGCUGCCCGCCAACCCGUGAUUGCCGGUGCAAGCCCGGUGCCGUUGCGGUGUAUUUUGACGACAGCAACGGCUGCCGCACGUGCUCGUGCGUGCUGAGCGACGCCACCACCACCACACAGGCUGGUGCCUCGACCACAACCACAGCCGCCGCGCCCACGACGACCACCACCACGCCUGCUGCCACCACCACCACGCCUGCUGCCACCACCACGACCGCCACAGGCUCCACCACAACAGUAGCGGGGACCUGCCCGCCAGAGCGCACAUGCCGUUGCAAGCCGGGUGCUGUUGCGGAGUACUACUAUGUCGGCGGUUGCAGGACUUGCCGCUGCGUCCUUGCCUAA